UGUAUAAGAAUGUAUCUUGUUGCGAUAGUCUCCUUCUUCCUCUCCUUCGCCGCGGCGCAAACCGUCACCCCCUUCGCUCUUGAUGGUAGACUCGAUAACGCUAACACACCUAAAGAGNCUACGGCGACUGAUACCACAUUCAACUCAGGAGGCACUGCUGUUGUCAAUGGGUUCUCAAUCACCGUACCGCAAAACCUACUGGUCCGCUUCCCGGCGGCAUUCAGACCUUGGCGAGAGCUGAGCAAUGUGGUGGAUGGCGUGCCUAUUGCGGGAUUGAUCGAUAUAUCUCAAUACCUCCUAGAAGCCAAUUCCGGGUUGAUCGAAAGCAUUGAUAACGCAGCCGGCACGAUCAAAAUAUUGAACGGACCAACCAUCCGGGUCAACGAUCCGAAUGGCGUGUACGGUGUUGCCUUCACGGACUCUCCGGCAUUUACUGCUGACGACCAGAACCCUUCUAUAACAGCGUUCAGCGGGUUUCCUAUGUGUAUACCAAGAUCGGCCUCAGAUCCGCUCUGCCCAAAUCCCUUGGUGAUGGCGCCCUUUGUCGUUGGGGAUUUUCUUGAAUUUUCCGGUAUCAAUGUCGAUGGCAUCAUUGUUUGCUAUUCAAUCAACGCUCCCAACGUUCAGAUCCUCACGCCUAAUGGACCGACUUAUGUUCGGGUUGAAGACGCAAUUGUUGGUGUGUUCCAAUCCGGGGCUGGGAUUGAGGUCACGGACUCGAGAUUUAUCGGCUACUCCUCGAACGCCGCCGCGCCCGUUACUAUCUGGGCUUUGGACCUUGAUCCAUGUACUGGCGAAGAGACGGAACGUAGUAUUGGCUCCGCGCCAUACAAGGCGGGUGAUGCCCGCAAUAAAUGGAUCUGGCGAACGGACACAAGAGUCAACAACAAAUACACCCGUGAGUACGUCAUAAGGGCUAACGACGGCAUUACCAAAACCAAGAACAACAUCACUGCCGGACGAUAUGUUCAGCCUGCCACAGAGUACAUCUUCCCAGAGUCUACCGUGCCAGGUGAUGUGCCUCCAGUAAAUGAUUUCACGAAUUUCGAGCAUCUCGCUCAAGGGAUCGGAUAUACCCCUGAUGGGGUACUCAUCGGCCAGCUCAAGCCGUGGCCAGGUGGAAAUCCUGUUCCAGUUACGACAACUUGUCCUCCUUUCAGUNCUUCCAAGCACGACUCCGCCGGUCGAGGCGCCUGGCACACCCCCGUGACAGGGCCUGUAACUCCCAUCCUAUCCUUGCCCUCUACCACAACCGUCCGGCCUGGUGUAUCUGUACCUUUGGCGUUCAACGUCACGAACUCGGCCAGUUUCUCAGUCGGCGAUCUCAAAUAUGCUUGGUCCCAGACCGGAGGUCCGCCCGUGACUUUGUCCGCGACCAAUGGCUUGUCGUCUUCGUUCAUCACUGCGGCUUCCACCACCAUCUCAACUUAUACCUUCAAAGUUACAGUGACGAGUACGUCGUUUAGUACUUCUGCAACGGGCGACUUCACGGUUAUUAGUGACCCAAGUAUCGCCGAUGUAGUCGUGAUCGAUGCUUACACCGCCACGAAUUCAAAUGGAGGCCAUUUGACUGUCUCCGCCCACACAAACAUUGUUGGUUAUGAUGCCAAGCUGAAGGUGUAUCUUGCUACUACGCCGACAGGAACAGCAUUCGACAUGACUCCCGUAGCUGGCAAGCCCGGCAAUUACUUCUACGAUGCACCUAAAGGUACAAAAAGACCUGCCGGCAUAUAUGUAGUCAGCAACGGCGGUGGUUUCGCAACAAGAACAGCCACGACCGCUUGA